CACAGCCGGGGUCUACAAAGAAACUCUGUGACACUGCUUUGCUGUCAGAAGAACAGCCUGCAUACAGAAACUCGUCGAAGUGGGCCCGGUCAUUGAUUAGUUCUAGUCGUGGCAAAGCUGCUGGAGUAUUUUACCGAAAGACGUGGAGGAGACCUUCUAUUACUGCGUUACAACACAGUUGUGUAUGUGCACAUCCUGAUCAAGGUUCGAAGAUGUCGAAGAAAAUCAAGGCCGGUUCCGUGGUAGAAAUGCAAGGAGACGAAAUGACGAGAAUAAUUUGGGAGUUGAUAAAGGAUAAGUUGAUCUUUCCCUACAUUGAGAUGGACUUGCACAGCUAUGAUUUGGGCAUCGAGCAUCGUGAUGCCACAAAUGACCAAGUGACGGUGGACGCUGCAGAGGCUGUUCGCAAGUACAACGUGGGCAUCAAAUGCGCUACCAUCACCCCAGACGAGAAACGUGUGGAGGAGUUUAAGCUCAAGCAGAUGUGGCGAUCGCCAAAUGGUACGAUUCGAAACAUCCUGGGGGGCACAGUCUUCCGCGAGGCCAUCAUCUGCAAAAACAUUCCAAGACUAGUCCCCGGUUGGAUCAAACCAAUAAUCAUCGGCAGACACGCCCAUGGUGAUCAGUACAAAGCCACAGACUUUGUGGUUUCUGGGCCUGGAAAAGUGGAAAUGACAUACACACCUGCAAAUGGAGAACCUGUGACAUUCGUUGUACAUGAGUUUAAAGGUACUGGUGGAGUGGCAAUGGGAAUGUACAACACAGACAAUUCCAUACGGGAUUUUGCCCACAGCUCUUUCAAGAUGGGCUUAACCAAAAACAUGCCGAUGUAUCUCAGUACAAAGAAUACAAUUCUCAAGAAGUAUGAUGGAAGAUUUAAGGAUAUUUUCCAGGAAAUCUAUGACAAAGAGUACAAAAGCCAGUAUGAGGCCAAGGGCAUCUGGUAUGAACACCGGCUGAUCGAUGAUAUGGUGGCCCAAGCCAUGAAGUCCGACGGCGGCUUCAUCUGGGCCUGUAAGAACUAUGACGGGGACGUCCAGUCAGACUCAGUGGCCCAAGGAUACGGCUCCUUGGGCAUGAUGACGAGUGUUCUGAUUUGUCCGGAUGGGAAAACUGUUGAGGCCGAAGCUGCUCAUGGAACCGUGACGCGCCACUACCGCCAACAUCAGCAGGGCAAGGAGACCUCCACAAACCCCAUUGCAUCCAUUUUUGCGUGGAGUCGAGGUCUACUCCACCGUGCCGAGUUGGACGGGAAUGCGGAGCUGCGCGUGUUUGCAGAGGCCCUGGAAGCUGUUUGCAUCGAGACCAUUGAGGCUGGACACAUGACCAAGGACCUGGCGGCCUGUAUCAAGGGCCUACCCAAUGUCCAACGCGCAGAUUAUCUGAACACUUUUGAGUUCCUCGACAAACUGGCCGAGAACCUCAAGACCAAGAUGGCCAAUCAGCCCAAGUUAUGAAGCCGUCUGUAAGUUGGGUUGCCAUCCGUCCCUUGAAAUAUGGAAUCGGCCUAUAUUUAGAGAUGAAAAUACGGGUUCCAUAUUCAGCUGAAACGGGACAUGGGGCGUUAAAAUGUGUUAUAAUGCCGGGAAUUAGAUCCAAGAAAUGCAACAUUUUGUGGGGGAGGACCACCCCCUGCCUCAAUGAAGUGUCCCGUAUUUUUCCCAUUCACAUUUGGCAACCCUAUCUGUAAGCAGUAUAAGGAAAACAUAUGUAUGCACAUCGCACAUGCAUACAGAAACAUGACGACCCACAGCUUAGGCACUUGUUAGCCUUUUUAUUGCAUUAUGAGUCUUAGAACUGUAUGUUUGUAACUGUCCGUGUACAAUUCUGCCCUAGAGGGCAAAAAAGCAGUAACUUCAUUGUUGUAGAAAAUAAGUUAUGAUUUUAAUGAUUUAUAUAUCAAAAUAUGAAGUCAAAUGAAAUGAUUGAGUUGCUAAGAAUGCAGUAAUAUAAAGUAACAAAACAUCCACAUAUCAAUCUACCUAAAACAAGAGUGUUUUCCCCCGACCGCGUUGUUGCUAACUAAGGUAGCAACUUGCUUGGUUGCAACCUUGCCAUACAAUUUCCCAAAUUCACUGGUUAGCAACAAUGCUUUCGAGACAUGGGGUCCUGGUCAGACUGGACAAGUGGACCAUUUUACUCCGUUUGCAGCUCUGCACAGUUACUGCCUUCUUGCUUUGUAGGGCAGAAUUGACUGCCCAUAUGAGGGUCCGUGCAUUCCAGUGGAUGGACUUGAGUGCCUUUUAAUACACCAUAUUGGAAAAUAAAUGUUUUAAUCUGUA